AAAUCUCUUUAGCUGCAUAAUGAGUAUUGAUUCGCGUAUUUUCUAAUUGAAUUGCAAAUUAGUGCUGAUAAUUAUAGAUUGCAUGCAUGUACGAAGAUUUGGUACUGGCCCUCCCUCUUUCGCGCACGCCGAGACCGCCUCUGAUGGUUGUAUCUAUCGCUAGAAUGCCUUGGAGAAAUAGGUUUGCUCGAUAACUCGCAGUUGAAUAAACAUUCUCCUGGAAUAAACAUGGUGCUAAUAGUUCAGCGCAUUGUAGCAGUAAGUGAUAAUUUACUGGGAUAUUAACUAAAUAGUGACGAGUGUGAAAUUCCGAAUACUACCAUUAAAAGAAGUCAGAUACAGGAUUUAACUGAAAACGAUUUGAAGAGUGUUUUAUGGAAGACCAGGUAGUUUAAACUGCUUGUUAGUCAGCUGGUGAAGCAAAUAAUUGGCCACAGAGAGACAGGCGAGCGACUUAAACCCUCCAUUGGAAGUAGCGACUAGCUGCUUUAUAAACAAUCCGUGUGUCAUUGUCGAAUGGUUAUACAGUAGUAAAGACAUUUCAACACUGUGUUCGCUACGAUACAUGCGGAUUUUUUGUUCGGUGAUUAUGUAUAAGCCAUUGAGAAACUUGUAAAUACGUUCUGCAAUAUAACACGCCGUGGACCACUGGACACAUUAUUUCUUGCCUAAUCUGCGACUUGGGAACAUGUAAUCCUCGGGAAAUCGGCGUUUUAUUGCGUAUAAUUAAGAAAUAGUGGCCGUAUAAAAACAUUUGGUAAAGUAAAAAUAGUUGGUGUUUCUUCUUAAUAUUUUUGCGAUUCUUUAUAGAUAUUUUGAGAUACACAAGUACUCGAAAAGUAAGAUAAAUCAGAAAUGAACGUCUGAUAUUAUCUACAAACGCAGAUGCUUGAAAGUUGAUGGAAGAUAUUGUCGUGACAGUGUUUUGUGUUCAAAUUUAACAGCAGUUUCGGCUGUGGGAAAGUACUAUGGAACUUUAUAUUUGGAUUUACCUGCUUGCUUCUGUCAUGUGGGCAGUUUCAGGUUCGGAGUGUCAGUUCCCGGAAGAAUGGCGCGGGCGAUGGCACGAAGGAAGGCGUACAGACAUCAGCAUCAACAGCAUGUCGCACAAGGGGACCUGCAUAGAACGCGAGGGAAACAAGUACUUCAUGCUCAAUAAGGAUUCUAACAACCGAAAGUGCUUCAAGUGCCUCGUGUUCAUUCAGUGGCAUCCGAACCUGCUGCAGUAUAAAGAAAGCCCAUGUUGGUACGAAGAGUCGUUCCAUCACGUGUGUAACCUUAUCAACGGGGACGCUCUGCUGCAUACCCUCGUCAAAGCCACCAGUAGCCCUCAGCCUUGCCCCUUCCAGGGUUCCUACACGUUCUCCUACAUUAACGGCACAAUGAGCAACUUGCCGUGCGAGUCUCCGAUUUCUGAGGUGCGCGCAUGCGCGGACGAGUCGAAAUUUAAAUUCGCGUACAAGCGCUGCAACGGCAUUCCUGGAACAUACGACAAAGAGGUUGACUUCCAAUGUAUGGCCACUUGGGAGAACGGUGAGAAGUACCUGUACGGAAGCUUCUCCGAGCCCUGGAUGACCCGUGUGGAAGAUUACAUGUACAGAUGCUUCAUGCACAGUUUCUAUGGUACCCAUGGCGACAUGUCCAUGUCGGCGGACGCUACGUGUCAGGGGCUGCAGAGCCCCACCCUCGGGUCGAUCUCCCUGAAGUUCACUAAAGAUCUCAAUCAGCCACGCGGAACAUGUCGAUUUACAGAUAUUCUCGUAAGUCGCAACAAGUGGCGAGACUUGAGCGGGGCUUGGUUCCUCGAAGUUGAGGCCGGGCUACAGGUGCUGCGCCUUAAGAGCCGCAAAACCGGUGACGUCAUCAAAUACGCGGAGGUCGCGAGCGCGUUAGAUACGUCGACUACGAAACUCGUUAUCAAGUGCGUCCAGAAUACUUACACUGCGCAAACGAAAACGGCCAACGUCCUGCAGACGGAUUACAUCACAUACGUCACUGACGACGAAUGCAAAUCCGGGUAUCAGUGUGUACGGUUGAUCAAGAGGGACACUAAUAUUCUUGAAAUGUACUUAGGUGACAGGUUAAACGGCACGGUGGCCAGUUGUACAGAUGCGAACUUUGAGAAUGCCAAGAAGGAUCUGCUGAUUCCGGACGUCAAUGACGCCGGCCAAUGUAGCAUCACCCGGAAGGGCGUAUACACGUACCAAGACAAGGCGUCCGAGUGCACGGGUACAGUGAACAUCGGCUGUGCCACGCCCAACAAGAUCACCAUAGAUACGCGCUGUCCCAACCAACGCAGGGCGGUAGCGUCCACUCACACAGAGAAGGUGGAGAUACUUGACUGCUUGUACAGCUGGACUUCCGGUUCUAAAACCUUUAUCAUUAUCCAGAAUGGGGAGCAGCGAGCCAAGUGCUUGACGUUCAUCGACACAGAGAUUGGCGUGGUGGAACUGCAGUCCGAUGACAGCUGUCAAUCAGACAGAUGGACAGUGAGCAAUCAAUACAUCAAUUACGUGCUGUACUCGCCUCCUGACGCAUGUGGGGGAAGCGAGAUCCAGGCGGACCAGAACACGAGUUACGAGAAACCGGAUGUGGAGAAACACAGCGACACUAUAUCACGUGCAGUGGGCUUAAACGCGGGUCACUUAGCAACGAUAUUUACCUCCAUAUUGCUCCUUGUGAUGUUUCGAGUUAGAUGAAGACCAUUCUUAGACCGUGUAUUCAUUCCACCGUUGUUUAUAUGUCCGCAUAAUCAGUUAACCGUUACUUAAGUUUUGGAGAUUUACACAGACAUUACGUCGCUGACGUUACGUUCUAUGUGACGGACACAAUAACGCGACGUCAUGUGAUCACUUGAUUCUACAACGAUGUCCAUUCAGAGUUCGGUCUCUUGCUUCAAAUGCUAUAUGAACGGUGAUUUCGCAUGUUUUAAUGUAAUGUCUAGAGCACGGUAUUUGAACCCAAAGGAAUGUUGAAAUGUAUUUACCAAAUUUUACAAAGGAUAGACUAGAAUUAAAUAAAGUUACAAACUUUACGGCUUGCAAAUUUUGCAUGUUUAUGACAUAUUAAAUGCCAAAAUGUCGGCGGUUGGCCUUGAAAUGUCAAUACAUCAUGUUGACAAGCAGGCGUCUGAAUAGUACAUGCAGAACAUACAAGACAAUUCAACAAAAUUGAAUUUGACAACAUUCAUCGUAAAAAAAUGUCAAUGACAUUGAAUAAUUUAAAGGUCAAAUAUGUGUGUAAAGUUCAAAUGUCAAGGUCGAAUUCCCGUGUGAAGGUCAAGACUUAAUGUUAAGCGAGUGUUCUAGUCAGUGAGCCCUUGGUUGAGAAUCACGUGCAAAUCCGACCGCAGUGUGGUCCAAAAUGCUCCGAAUAAUGAUUAGAGAUUAACGUUUACUACAAGCAUAAUAUUAUGAAGGUUAUAUGUAUUAUAUUAUUAUAAAUUUCGUUAAUUAUUUAUACGAUACAAAUAUAUGUGAAUUUUUAUGACAUUUGUAGACUAUAGUAGUGUACAUGAUGAUAUCUUUGAACGGUUUUGUCGUUCUUGAAUAUCAAGAACGACGUUUUGUGGUUAAUAUCUUGUAUUAUCAUUAUUUUAAUUAACCUGUAAGGGAUAUGAGACAAAGUCUAAAUUGCUGUAGUCAGCCAGAUGGUCUUGCCUGAUUUGAUGAUUUGAGAUUUUUUUUUUAUUAAACAUGUUUAGGCUGUAUUCGGUAACGCGGUUUGUAAAUGAUGGCUCCUUGUCAUUUCGGUACGUAUGCUGUUAGCAACAGAAGGUCACUCUACAAGAUGGUCCACGCUAAACCCACUGUAAAUAUUCAUUUUGUCAUGAAGAUGAUUGUUUUGCGUGUAUGGCCUAAAUUAUAAAUAUUAGACUGAAAUAAAUCUCUUGAACCUAUAUCAAAUUAUUUCAAUCACAAUUAUAUCAUUUCAAAAUUUGGCCGUCGGUAAACUUGGGAAAUCUCGUUUUGCACAUGUGUUCAAAUUUUAAAUAUGUGUGUUAUUUUUGUGUUCUUUAUUGUUAAGAAAUAUGUUUUAAUCGUUUCUGCUCAAAAUAUUUGAAAUUAUUUUCAGGGCUUGAUGGCAAGACAAUUUAUUUUACUGUUUUCUUUUAAUUUUGAAAACAAAUUUGAAAUGUUAAUUUUUUAUAAUUUAAGCGCAAAACAGUAUAGUAAACAUUAAAAAAUCAACCUUACCAGUCCGUUAUAGAGAUAAUUGUUUAUAAAUUACUUGAAAUUAGUAACGUUAUGGAUUAGGUUAUGACAACCGAUAAUUCCCGUUAAAACGUUCUAUUUUAUUAUGAAAAAUCUAUCGUAAGUGAUAUUAUCUGAUAUCCAUAAUCAUAAUCACCAUUUAUAUGAUCAAAACGCGAUAUCAUUUUCGUCGAUUCGUUGUCGACAGUCAGUUUGCCAAAAUGCUAAAAAAUAUCAUUUGUUUUUAUAUACAUUGUGACGCGUUUUGUACGAUGUAUUUAAUCAGUAGAAAUAAACAAUUGAUGUAUUGACAUUAUAUUAUAAUUUGAUUACUAAAUAUUUAAAGAUACGAACGUGUUUAGUCAUUUGUAACGUGUCUUUUUAUGAAAAUUUUUCGUCAUAUGAUUUUUUUUCAGUUUAAUUUGUGAAUCAGUUUUGUAAACAGACUCCUAUGUUAAAAAAAUAAUGCGUGUUUGCAUCAAACGAAUAAUUGAUUAUUUAAUCAAUUAGUCGAUUAAAUUAUCGAAUGAUUUUUCCUCCACUUGGUAUUACGGAAAACAGGGUACAUAAACUGUAUACCAAAUCUGAAUGUUGUUAUAUGACCUUGAUAUGUGUUGUACAAUUUCAUGCGUAAAUUAUCAGGCUUGCUUUUAUUGGUUACAGUACUUUAACUUUAUUUGGGAGUUUUUUUUCUACAUUUUAAAAUUUACAAUCGAAAUUGUAUCAAGAGUUCCGUAUGGACACACACAUGCUUAAUUUUGAUUUCACGUCUUUUUUGUAGUGUAAUCAAGAUAACUUAUCACUAUACUUUAAUUUAUUAUAUAUUUAGAAAUGUAUGAUACCUACAUAAUUUAAGUGUCUAUAAAAUUACAUGAUAUAUUACUAUGUUAAUUAUUUCUUGUUUGUAAAUUAUUUUUCGCAGCUGUCUUCUUUUGCUUGCUUCGUUAAUACUAUAUAUCACAUGAAAACGAAAUUGAGGUUUAUCUUGAAAAACAUUUGUUUGUGUUCAAACAUAUCUGUGCCGCCACGUUGUGUGUAUUAUAUAAUGUCAGUGUUUACUUGCCGUGUGACUGUUUUGUGUCGUUAACAUUCUGGUCAUAUUGGAUAGCAGUAAGACUUGCAUGUAUAGCUGCAGCAUAUCGAUUCAGACACUGAAAUUUUAACUAUACAUUGUGCAGCAAAUGUCAAUAAGUUAAGACUUAAAUAUUGUAUAUGUACAACUAUAAAAAGAAUAGCAAUGGCUAAUGCAAAAUAAUACUUAUAUGCGAAGGAAUUUCACAUAUAAGAUACAAAGCAAAGGUCAGUUUCGAUUUUUAGAUAAAUAAGCAUUAUAUCUGAUUUAGGUUGUUCAAUCAAAUCUAAAAUUGAUUUUACAGUUGAAGGGAAUUGAUUUGUGUGAAAUAUUUUUCUUAUAAAUUAAAUGCUUUAAGUCGCAGCAUAUGUUCAAUCUGGUAGCAUCAAACUUUACAUUUCUUUUAGUCACCAUAUAAGGUAAUAACUUGUAAUUAUGUUAUAUAAAAUCAGGCAUUGCCUUAAAUUACAGUCAACUAGCGUAUCAACAUAAAAAUGCAAACAUUUAAAGGAUUUUAAUAUAGAGGCACUGUGAAUGUUCCCAAAUACAAAUGAUAUAGUAUUAUGUUAUCUUACCAACGUAUAAUACUAAACAAAACGUGUUUGAUGCGUUUGUUAUGUUUGGACGAUUAUGUAACGGUAGCUGUAACUCCCCACUAUUAUGUAACGGUAGCUGUAACUCCCCACUAUUCAAUAUUGGACGAUUAUGUUACGGUAGCUGUAACUCCCCACUAUUCAAUAUGGGGUUGCGUAAUAGUUCGUGACACUUACUUUGCUCAACGUUCUGCGAAGAUUGAAUAUCGAUGAGGGCGACAUAUCAAUCAAUAACAUUAAACAUCGCAAAAUGUUGCCCACAUGUUUCAAAGAGGUCAGCAGUAUGUAAUGCUUAAAUAUCUUUUCAAUAGUGAAGUAAGUAAUGCCAUAAUAUGAACACGACAAUCGAAAACCUUUUUUUCAAGAUGAUAUUUGCAUUUUACAACAAUCUAGUUUUGGCUGAACGUAUUGUAUUGGAUUCUCAGCACUGUACGUCAAAUUAUAUACAUUGACAAGUAUUUCAUAGUGUUUAAAGCAUAUUUGUUGCAACAAUCAUCUAUGUACCAGACAUGUCAUAUUAUUCCAAAGUUAAUAUUUUUUUCUCUUAAAUAAUGCGUUCGAACAUUUUAAAAUGUGCUUAAUAUAUAGAAUUAUCCAGUAUGACCAGACGAUUAUGAAUGUAUUGUGUGAUGAAAUAUGAUGUGUGAAAAGUACUGUUAUUGUUCUAUUUAACACAAUUUAACUGUGAUAUUUUUGUAAUAAAUAAUAAAAUAUUUUUGUAAAUCCA